GCUUCCUGGUUGCAAUUGCUUCUGCGCACUGACCACAACAUGUCUCUCAACGAAAUUACAAGGAAUUGUUACCAGAAUGGCAUAACUGCGAAGAAAGUAGUGGUUGAGCUUAUGCAAGCUAUUCGCAUCCAAAAAUGCAGCGCACUCAACACCAGAAGCGUUGCAGAUGGAGAUGUGCCAUUCAGUCUUGGCUUUGCUCAGUAGCUACCCAGGUGACGCUUCACUGCGCCGCUAUCUGAAGACUGCCGUCGAAGACGGUUUCUUACCUCUCCACACAUUUGUAUCCUCCUUUCUACUCGGAGUGCGCUCGACAGAGUUGCAUGAUGCUGACACGUUAGAUAUGCUAUGUCGUGUCGCGCUUGAUAGCUACCAUACAUCAGGCAACCAGCCUAUUGGUUCACUUGUCUCAGCGGGAACGUCAUCAGCAGACAUCCUUACACCAAUACAACUUACGCUACAACUUCUGAGAACGGCCAGCUUGUUGCCUAUCACACCACUCCAUCCCCUACACAACUCAGCCUCAGAAUUGUUAUACCUAUUACUCUCCUGUGUCUCUGAUGUCAGCACUAUCCCAACGGCGCACGCUUUCUCAUUCAUGAAUGAGGCGGCAGACGCCCUUCCUAUAAUACGUUUGCCUCCAAUAGUUCGACAAAAUCUUGAAAACAUCUUGCUUCAACUGUACCAAAACACGGAUGACACGCGGCUCGCCUUGGAUACACAGGUGGUUCAUUCCCAACAGUUCGCAGGGACUGGCGACAUCAUAGGCCCUAGUUCGGAAUCCGACAUCGUCUCAUUCAGUCUGUUGUUUCAAUCAUUGUUAUUGUAUAGAGGUAGAGAGUAUGGGGCAGGAGAUGGGCCACACGCUGUCGCAUUGCUGGUCUCGUUCCAUAGAUUGUCCUCCUGGAAUCCGGCCACAUUCUACAAGCAAUUACUCCAUUCCGCCAUCAACAUGCUAGCGCAUGUCAAUAUCUCAAGUUCUGGCGGCGCCCAGUAUCUUAUUACACGAGCAUUUAUUACAGGCCGCCUCCCAGCACUGCUGGCGAAAUUCGAGGAGGUCGAAGUCGAAGGUACCAAAUCUGACUGGCGCGGAGCAAUGCAUCUGGCGGUGCCAUCGUUAUUUCAGCAUUCUGUCCUUCUUCAAGGAUGUGAGGUCCCAUUAGACCCUCAUGCCAGUGAUAGCCAAAAUUCAAAUUCAUCGACGAGCAGGUCAACAUCUUUCAUAGGCGAACUGAUACACCAAUUCUCGGAAUUCGGGUUGGUAGAGCAGUCGUUUGUUUCUACCAUGUUCCCUACUCAAGCCAACGAGUUUCACUCCAAAAUAUGGUCAGAGGCUCACGACGCAGGGCUAGAAAUCAAGGCAUAUUUGGAAACAAAAUUUGCUGCUGACAGCAGUGAGGACGAUAUAGCUGGUAUCGUGCAACGUAUCUUGAAAGAUCCGUGCAGCCAUGCAGCCUUUUCAGAGCUCAUACUCAAGUGGUUUCUCGCUCAAGCGUCUCCGUUGGACAUCGAACCAUUAGACCAUCUAUGCAAGAUCUUGCAAAGCCAUCCAGAAAUGAUAGACAUUCUGUCGCUACACAUCAAGCUUUCGAUGCUGGCAAGUCCUGCUCUGGCUCUUUUAGAGGACUAUGAAUGUGAGACCGUAGGCGACCCUCAGACAGCCGUCAGUCACUUAGGCGGCAUCGUGCUGUUUCUACAGUCUAUCCUUGCCCGAUUCAAUCUCCCCGCUGAGAAACUUAUGCUUGGAGAGAGGAAGCUCAACACGGCCAUCCUCACAUCCGCCCAUGUCAUCUAUCGCGUGGAAGAACUGAAAGGUCCGGAGUCCGUAUCCUUCCAUUCGUGGUCCAAAGCGUUAUUCGACAGCGGAAGUGAAGGUAUUGAAGACGGGAUACUUCGAUCUACUCCUCCUCGAACCCUCUUGAAACUAGCUGCAACUUUGGUAUCAUCUGCGAUUCAGUCGUGUUCUGACCGGAAGAUCGACAAGGACGUUUUGAACAAUGGCAUUUCGUUCUUCCGAGGGCCGUUACUCAAUUGGACUCUAGCUGGGAUCGUGAAGAUGCUAUUGCUAGAGAUACAACAUCGCAGAUUCAUAGCACCUCUCCAUCUGGACGUCUUGCAACAACUGGUCACGUUUCAACCGUUUCCGAAAAUAGUCCUUCACCUCUCCGCUGGUGCCAUUCUCCGAUUAUUCACACAGUCAACACCAAUACAAUUGUCUCAAACUGACACUUUUGAUCCAACCUCUAUCCGUCGAGUCGCUCUUCAAACACUUGGGGUCUCCGACGAAAGUACCACGAAUACCAAUCUAUCUUUAACUUCAGGGCACUCAAAAGGUCACAACAGUGCCCGCGAGCUUAUACAACAUGCCCUGACAGACGCAGCUACUGGAAAAGCUCCGAUCAUUGAUGUCGAACGUUGUCUUCUCCUAAUGCCACCCACACAAUUCUUGCCAGCACUGUACUCAGAACUAGCCGCCAUAAGGCAAAUCGAAACUCCUCGGCGGAUCGCAACCCAUAUUCUUGCAACACCCCGACCUUCAUCCUCGCCGCCCUUACUGCCAAUCUUCCUCCACGUCACCCUUCCAACGCUUAUCACCUCAAUUGACAAAGUUUCACCAACAGAACAAGCUAUCGCCACCGACCUUUUAGUUGCAAUCAUCUCAUCCGCACUAACAGCUGCACUGCACACUGAAUGGGCACUCGUCUCUGUAUGUAGUGAGCAGCGUUUUGUUCUUGGACAGUCUACAACGAUUCUGGCUCGGAGGUUGGGUGGUGACUUACGGAGAAAGGCAGGCAAGAGCCCUAUGAGUGGUGCAAUUGCUCGACGUCUGGCUUCAUCGCAACCGUUUGUUAGCAAUUUUCCUAGUUUUAUGGCAGAGGUAUAGAUAGAUAUCCAUGGUUAUACUAAUCGGGGUAGUGUACGGGGGGGUUUAGAUGACAAAGUAUGGUUACUACAAAGAUGAAACAAAUAGUCAAUAGCAAGGAAAGACAUGAAGUUAAACUUCGGCAGGAGGGCGGGCUGGAAUGCAAUGAUUUAGCCAAUAGGAUGAGAAUAGCAGUUC